AUGUUGUUCGCGUUUGCCGGCGAGGCUACAAGGCCUCGCAAAGCCUCACAACAUCACUGCCAGGCCAUCAUUUCGAACAAGGAGCCUACGGAGCUUAGCGACAUCACCACAUUGCCAAAUGGCAUCCGCGUUGCCACAGAAGCCCUGCCAGACGCCUUCUCUGGCAUGGGAGUCUACAUCGACGCCGGGUCGCGGUACGAGAACGAUCACCUGCGCGGCGCAAGCCACAUCAUGGACCGGCUUGCCUUCAAGUCGACCUCGAGACACUCGGCCGAUGAAGUCCUGGAGCAAGUGGAGAACCUUGGCGGAAACGUACAAUGCGCGUCGUCCCGAGAGUCCAUGAUGUAUCAGGCCGCAACAUUCAACAACGCCAUCCCCAGUGCGGUUGGCUUGCUCGCCGAGACAAUACGGGACCCGAAGCUCACAGAGGAAGAGGUGCAACAACAACUGCUCACGGCCGAAUACGAGAUCACAGAGAUAUGGUCCAAGCCAGAACUCAUCUUGCCCGAGUUGGUUCACACCGCGGCCUUCAAGGACAACACCCUCGGCAACCCCCUGCUCUGCCCGCAGGAUCGUCUCGGCGCCAUUGACAGGAGUGUGAUUCAGGCCUACAGAGACGCUUUCUUCAGGCCAGAGAGGAUGGUUGUCGCGUUCGCCGGAAUACCUCACAAUGAGGCUGUCAAGCUAGCCGAACAGCACUUCGGCGACAUGAAGGGCGCAGAACUGCCAGCAAUCUCAGACACUGCAUCCGAGGCCUCAUCAGCCUCCGAGACCAGUUCGCAAAGCAGCGACUCCACUGCGUCGUCUGUCUCCUCCUUGUCCUCGGCGUCACCACAACAGUCGUCUAAGCUCCUCUCCAAAAUACCCUUCUUGAAAAACCUCUCUACUUCAGCACCACACAACGCCUCCAUCGCCUCCUCUCCCUAUAUCCCCAUCUCCAGCGAAGACCUCAACCGCCCCGCAAAGUACACAGGUGGCUUUCUCUCCCUUCCCACCCAGCCACCUUCCCCCAACCCGAUGACGCCCGCUUUCACACACAUCCACCUUGCCUUCGAGGGUCUUCCCAUCUCCUCGGACGACAUCUUCGCCCUUGCUACUCUGCAAACCCUUCUCGGAGGAGGAGGCUCUUUCUCAGCCGGUGGCCCGGGCAAAGGCAUGUACUCACGCCUGUACACCAACGUUCUGAACCAAUACGGCUGGGUUGAGUCAUGCGUCGCUUUCAACCACAGCUACACCGACAGCGGCCUCUUCGGCAUCGCCGCUUCCUGCUUCCCGGGCCGAACGGGCAAGAUGCUUGAGAUAAUGUGCCGGGAACUCCGCGCCCUGACGCUCAACUCCGGCUUUUCUCGCCUGAACCAGGUCGAGGUGACCCGCGCCAAGAACCAGCUGCGGUCAAGCCUGCUCAUGAACCUCGAGAGCCGCAUGGUCGAGCUCGAGGACCUGGGGAGGCAGGUACAGGUCCACGGCCGCAAGGUCCCCGUCCAGGAGAUGACGAGGAGGAUCAGCGAGCUCACGAUCAAGGACCUGAAGCGCGUGGCCGAGAUGGUUGUCGGCGGCAUGGUCAACAACCCCGGCAAUGGAAGCGGCGCGCCGACUGUUGUUCUGCAAGAGGCGGAGGCGCCGGGUGUCAAGACGAGGACACUGUCUUGGGACGAGAUCCAGGAUACGAUUCACCGGUCGCAGCUGGGGAGGCAGGCAUAA